AUGCAGCGAUGCAUUUUCCCGAACCUUCUCCACAAACCGCCAACGAUACUCCCCGCACAAGGGCCCUUCCCCCGCGGUGGCGCGCUGCCGUCAAUUCAGCAGGCGAGAACCUCCUCCUCCUCGCUCUCUGCCGCCCAAAACUCACCGUCCGAGGCGCAACUAACGGCGGUGCACUCGGUUCCCCCAAUCGAUUUCCUCAAACGGCUGCCCGCUCCGGAGCUAGGUCUUCUCUCUCUCCUCUUCGCCCUCUCCGUGUCGAUCACAGCAAUAAUCUCCGUUGCUCUGAUCUCGAUUCCGACUGUGGUCGCGUUGAGGAGGUCGGCGGUUGCGGUGGAGAAGUUGAUGCGGGUGGCGUCGGAGGAAGUGCCUGGGACUCUGUAUUCUCUCAGGCUUUCUGGCAUGGAAAUUGGGGAUUUGACGAGGGAGCUUAGGAAGCUGAGGAAUUGGGUUUCUGGAAACCGGGAUGUGAAGAACAGUAGGGGGACAUAA